UAUACUGAGGUCGUUUGUUUAUUUGUGUCAAUAUUUUUGUGUCGUUUUUUGUAAGAUAAAUAAUUAUGACUGAAACACCAAAAUUGCUUGGACAAAGUAGUAGGAUGCUUCCACCUCCUGGUCUUAAAGCACUUAUCGAUCAUUUUCAAAGUAUUUAUCCAGAUCAAGUCAAUCCAUUGCAAGUAACAACUGUUUUAAAGUAUUGGCUCGGUGGGCAAGAUCCAUUAGAUUACAUUAGUAUGUAUAACAAUCAUGGAGAUCCAGAAAGAGGCAUACCGCCUCAUUGGCAUUAUGUGAGCUUCGGUUUAAGUGACUUACAUGGAGAUGAACGUGUCCACGUGAGAGAUACGAACGAUAUUAAUACUCGGUCUGGGAUGGGUUUCGAAUUAUCAUUCCGGCUAAUCAAAACAGAAUCAAAAAGCGUUAAAAAUGCUGAAAAAAGUCAGCACCCACCUACUUGGCCAGCAAAUUUGUUGCAAGCAAUAGCACGUUAUUGCUUUCAGACUGGUAAUUUAUUGUUUUUCGGUGAUAAUAUUCCUUGGCGUAAAAGUCUGGAUGGAAGCGCUACCUCGCUUUUGAAAAAUAUUCUUAUUGCUCAAGACCCACAGCUUAGCAGUAUAGAGACAUUAUUUGGCACGGUUGACUUCUGUCAGAUAGUUGGUGUUACAGACGAAGAAUUCGAUCAGGCUUCUCGUUGGAAUGGUCGUGGUGUUCUGCAUUACUUGCAACAAGAUGUACAUACUGGGGGUAAAUGGCUAGUUACAGAUAUGAGUCGGUCGGUUAGUGUGUUCCAGCUUUGCCCUGAAUUAUUACUAAACUUGCAAGAUGACUUGGAAAAACAAGGUUCAGAUUUGGCUGGUGUAAACGCGGACUUUACAUUCCGGGAAAUACAAAAACAGCAGUGUUUUGAGAAAGAAAUGGAUUCAAAUAGAUUAAAUGAACAAUAUGUUUUCGAAGAAAACAAAGUGUUAAAUAAAUUGCAAAUCAAACGCGAAAAUGUCGGAUUUCCACAAUCAAUGUCAAUGAGCAACAGUUCUCUACAUAAAUCGUGCCCUCUAAAUUAUCAACCGCAUUCCGCAAAUUCUGUUUCGUUUGAUGGAAUAGAAAUUACUUUAGCUCCAUACGCAGCAAAAUACCUCAUGUUGGCAAUUAAGGACCGUAUUCGCCAUGGUCGUCAUUUCACCUUCAAAGCUCAGCACCUAGCUUUAACUCUUGUGGCAGAAACUGUGACUGGGGCAAUUGUGAGCAAAUCUUCUCCUUAUGGCAUAAUUGGGUAUUGGAUCCAAGUUUUAAUUCCCAAAGAAUUAGUUCCGCGUAUGAUGGAGGCUUUCCAAAAUUUGCAACUCGACAUGGUAGCGGAAAGUAAGGAAAAAUAUGAGCUUUACUGGCCAGAGUGGAAAUUAAAACUAACCAUUGAUUAUCCUGCCCUAAUACUUAAACCACCGACAAGCGUAUAAUUGUUUUAUUAUAGGUUUGAUCGUCGAAAAUCUAGCAUGAAUUAUCCAUCACUCGAAAUAUCAGAGAGUAAGAAAAAUUCUCUCUCAAGUAGAGAAACUCCCAAAUUUCAGCACGAAAGCAAAUUUGCCGGAAUAUGCAAAGUUUCCCUGCCAGCCUGUGUCCACGUUGCAUUUCAAAUAUAACAAAUUUUAUAGAAUUUUAAAAUCUAUCUCAGGUGGACUAACAAGAUCUAGCUGUACAUGUCUUGUUAUUCUGAAUUUCUUUAACAUGCGUUUUAAUUUAUUUGUCGUAUAAUAACCAUCGUACAAUUUCCUAAGUAAGAAACACUAUCAGCUGAUUGCCAAAAAAUUCCCACAGCAUUUGGUCUUAUCUUUUACAAUUUCUUUUGUUUUCUAAUACAAUUUCUUCCAUUUUUAUUAUAAUUUAUUAAAAGUACAGUAAAACACUGAACCUAAAACACCACGGUAAGAAAAAGUUACGUUACUUAUGGAACGAUGACAAUUACUAUCUGAUAUCCUUAAUCGGCAAAGUAACGUAAGCGACAUUUUUUUCAAAAUUUUAUUUUUGAUGCAGAAAUAUCAUUCAGAAAUGUCAUUCCGAAUAUGAAUAGAUUUUUUAGUACAUUUUUCGUUAAAAAAUCGCUCAAGUUUACAUAUUUUUAAAUUUAACGAACAUUUUUAUUCAAAUUAUCGUCGACAAAAAUGCAAGCUUGUGACACAAUCAUGUUUUACGCGAUUGCAAAUUCUUUACGUUAAAAAUUUGUACAGCAGGAGUUUGCAACUUUUCUCAAGGAGAACUGUGAUGGAUAAUCUUUUGUUCUGGGCGAACGCGAUUUCAACAAAAAUCAUCAUAAUUCGCACAAAUAUUUUGCCCGACGAACAUAACUUAUAAUAAUUAAAUACUCAUAACUAGCUUCUAAGAUCACAAAUAUAUUGUAUUUAGUUAGAAGUCGUCAAGUUAAAAUGAUGUAUUGAUAUACUUUUUUAAAUCAAUCUCCAAUAAUAUUUAAAAAAAGAAAUA